CUGAGUGAAAGUUAUAUCAAAAUUUGUGCAAAUGGUGAAGUUCUGACUAUUGAAAAAGUGUUGCUAAAUUGUUAGUUUAAUGAAGAAAUUCUUAAGUAUGUCUUUGAAAUUUGUUUUAUAUGGCCAAGUCAUUUGAUUUAGGACGGCGUCGAAAGUGUUAAAAGCUGUGUCAUCAAUUACGAAACGAAGAUGGCACCUCGGAAUGAUAACGUGUCCAAAAAAAACACUAGCAAAAAAUGUUCAAUAUACAUUUGCUCAUCGUGUGACACUAAAUUCAAGAGCAAAGUUCGUCUGAGAUAUCAUUUGAGAAAUUGUAGUUCAAUAAAAAAAGAACCAGUAUCGGAGCAAGAUAGUGGCUCCAAGAGCUCUAAUGAAAGUUUAUCUAAAGAAAAAGAAAGCAAACUUUUAGUAGCCUCCAAGAAAAGGUUAAAGUGCACCAAAUGUCCAAAGGUGUUCACCUUCGAAAAGUCUUUCUUAAAACAUAUAGCAAAUGAGCAUUCAAACUUUAAAAGCAAAAUUCAAUGCAUUUAUUGUGAUAUUACUCUUCCAAAUACAUCCUCGCUGAAAGUUCACAUAGACAAUAAACAUCACAGUAGAGAGUAUGAAUGCAAGUACUGUAGAAAAAGGUUUGCCAGGAAAUACCAUGUAACUCGUCACUUGGCUCAAAGAGGCUGUGACGGUAGAAAUAUUACAGUCUUUCCAUGUAAUAUUUGCACUGCUACAUUUACUCGUAAGGACAACUUGAUAGUGCAUCUAAGAGAACAACAUUUGACGAACAGAAAUAGCUUUUUCUGUAAAAUAUGCAAUUACUAUAGUAAAAAUAUAUCGAAACUUAUCCUCCAUAAUCAAAGAAUGCAUCUUCCUAAGCCUUUACAGCUUGAGUGUGACCAUUGUGGCAAAAUAACUUCAUCUAAAGCGACUAUGUUGAAACAUCUGGAGAUCCACGGAGACAAGAAAUAUGUUUGUAUGGUGUGUGGCUACAAAACGUACACAGUGGAAGUGAUGCGCAGACACACAUACACACACAUCGACAACAAGCCGAACAAAUGUGACAUUUGUGACAAAUCGUACAUCCAACGUGGACAACUCCUGAAGCAUCUCAAGAAGCACGAGGGAUUCUUCUGUACCUAUUGUAAAGAACAGUUCAACACCAAACCUGCUGUCAUUGUUCACGAGCAACUGCAUCACAGAGACCCAGAAGGCAAACUAAAGUGCCCCUAUGAAGAUUGUGAGUCAAUAAUAGAAUUUAAAGACGAAAAGACCUUAGAGAAACAUGUCAAGCGACACUUGACUGUUACACAGUUCCGUUGCGAUGUAUGCGGUAAGCGGCUUCAGAGUGAGGCGACUAUGCAGCGCCACGUGUCGACUCACACCCUCGACCGACCGCGGCGCUGCAUGUACUGUGCGCAGGCGAGGGCCUACGUGCGAGGGGAGCACCUGCUGCGACACGUGCGCAAGUCGCACGGAGAGAUGUUCAAGCAGCGGCUGAUGCACGUGCGGCAAGUGCUCGGUACGCAAUCGUCGACGGAUCGCGUCUCAAAAUCAGAGUUGGAGGCCAUAUUGAAUAUGUUGGACGCGGAGUCGGACCGCAUUCUCGAGGAUUUAGGCACGGGAGUUAUGUACGCGGGGCUGCAGGAAGAGCGAUCCGAAGAAUACGUGGUCGAGGUACCACUUAAGACUGAACCCAGUCCACUGAUGAGUGAACCAGUCCUGGUGGAGAAGCUCAAGUUGUUGUUGAAUAACCUCAUUGAGAUCAAGUUGUUGGAGGAGUUUGGUUGGCCGGACGCCUCCAUCGAUGAGAUAUUGGAGAAGGUGAUUGAAAAAUGUGGAGCCCGCCCGGCUGACAGAAAAUGGUCGAGAGUUCAAAGGCUGAGAGAGAAUACCAAACAUCUGUUCCUGUAUGUGAUAGAAGACUCAACUGUCGACAAGAUGUUGGAGACACACACCAUUGAUGAGGUGAUACAACAUAUUCUGGAGAAAGUGAGUGAUGAUUAAGAAUUCACCACAAAUAAUAAAUCAUAAAUAUAUAUUUUUUAAUUAUAUAAACUGUAUAUAAACUAGCGGACCCGACAGACGUUGUCCUGUAAACACGUCUUAAAUUUGAAAAAUUGGUCCAGCCGUUAAGUGGAGUUCACUAACAUACAAAUGGGCAGGAGUAUAUAUGGACUGAAUUGAGAAUCUAGACCAUUCUUAAAUUCAUUGGAACACACACAAAAAAAAAUCAUUCAAAUCUGUCCAGCCGUUUAGGAGGAGUUCACUGUGAACACACGUACAGAAGAAUUAUUUAUAUUAUGAUAACAAUAAAUUUGUAUUCGCUUAUGUUUUGAUUUAUCAGAUAGCAUUGCAACUUGCAAACCAAAUAGAGUACAGGCGUAUCAAUACCUCAGUUCCAAAGUGUAAUAAGUCUGAAAUUCAUUUAGUUUGAGUGGAGUUAGGCCUAUCACAGAUGAACCAGUCCUGGUAGAGAAGCUCAAGUUGUUGUUGAAUAACCUCAUUGAGAUCAAGUUGUUGGAGGAGUUUGGUUGGCCGGACGCCUCCAUCGAUGAUAUAAUGUGAUAUUUGACAUUAAUUGAAACUGAAUAAAAUAUAAUAUCUGCGAUAUCCAUUUCAAAGCGAAGCUAGGAGGGCAAAAUUUACUGACAGUCUUUCCAAAAACCAUCUGUAUGUACAGCAAAUACCACCUCCGAGGCAAUAAAUGGUGCUUCUUCAUAAUGACAACUAUGAAAAUUUUCAGGCUUUCCGAUCACUUAGAUAUUCAGCUGUGGAGUAGUAGGUUUUACGACAGAUCUAUUUUUAUUAAAACAUUUAAAUUUAUAUAAAGAUAAUGCCUGAACAGUGGCUGGGAGUUUAUUAUAAUCGCCUAUCACAGACGACAGACUAUCCGUGACGGGAGUCACGUUUAGUCUUUGAUAAUAAAAGCUAUAGAAUUAUAUGUAGUAACGCAUACGACGCGCAAAAAAAUCUGACACACGAAAUAUCCUCGUAGAUCUGACAGAUCGCGCCGUACUAAAAGUGCGCCAAGAACAUAUAACAACGCUCACGGUGCGUACAUCGAUGUAUCACUGUAGAAAGGAUUGGUAAUUAAAACUCACUUAAAAUUGAAAUAUCUGUAUUUUACACUUUCCACUUAUAACUAUUAUAUUUACUUAAUACAAUUGGGGCAGCGUUACCCCUUUCAAUUAACAAUGUGUAAUGCUCUCUCGAAUUUUUUUUUUUUUUUUUUGCGCCCAAGCAAGGGAAUGGGCUACCCUCCGGGAUAACGACGGGAGGGAGGUGGUGAAUGCUCAUGCAUACCAACGCAGCCUAAGUCUGCGUUGGUUAUGUGGGACUCACGUGAAACCUAGGUGCCUACCCACUAAACACCACCUGCAGUUGGCUUUGGGCAGGUGCCCUCUAAGCCUACAUCGAAGGCGACCUUCUCAUGGGGAGAGAGAGGCGCAAGCGGCACUCCCUAUGGAGUUUCCGCUGGGAUGCUCUCUCGAAGUAAGCGCUCUGGCUUAUAUGCGGCACGACCGUCACAGUGAUUAUGCUACCAACUGUUAGUUGGCACUACUGUAUUGCCAACUAACUCACACGAAUCAAGAGCGUAUCCUUCUGUGAUUAUGGUACUAUCCCACCUUCUGAACUGUAGAUGUUGAUUCAAGAAAUAGAAAACAUACCAGCACUGUAUGAUACAUCUUUGGCAGAGUAUCACGACAUAAAUUUAAAAUGAAAAAUUGUGGGAAUUGAAGUGUACAAAAUUUAUUUGGAUAUACUUUUAGAACUGAAUGUUUAAUAUGAAACAGUCCCUUUAAUAAUCUUUCUGAAAGAAUAGAAUGAACCCAUUCUCUAUUUCUUCUUCUUUUUUUAUAUCUCAAGUACGAAAUAAUACACCGCAAUCCACUUACUAUAAUGUACUUCCAUUGCGUGUACGUCCGUUGCGUUUUUGUGUGCCACAGACUCAAUAGCACAAAAAGUGUGUCAUCUGCGGUGGGCCUAUGAGUAAUUGUUCCGUAAACAAUAACCUACCAUUACCAAAGAGAUACAAAUCGAUAAGUGAAUGCAGUUUAGUUGCUACUUCCAUUAUUUCUUCAUCUUAUAUAUAAAAUUCUCGUAUCACAAUGUUAGUUACCUUACUCCUCCGAAACGGCUUUACUGAUUUUACCAAAUUUUAUAUGCAUACUAGCUGACCCAGCAAACUUUGUAUUGCCGAUAUUAAAAUCGCGAUACAAAAGUAACUGUUGAUCGUGGAUGGGUGAAAAUUUGAAGUUGUAUUUAUUUUUUAAAUGCUGACUCAUGAUUAAACAUAUUUAAAAUGUCAAAAAAAUUUAAAAAAAAAUUGGCGGGAAUUCGCCUAACAUUUAGGGGGACGAAAACUAGAUGUUGUCCGAUUCUCAGACCUAUCCAAUAUGCACUCAAAAUUUCAUGAGAAUCGGUCAAGCCGUUUCGAAGGAGUUAAACUACAAACAUUGCGACAUGAGAAUUUUAUAUAUUAGAAUAUAUGCAUAUUGAGUAGGUCUGAGAAUCGGCUACUAUCUAUUUUUCAUACCCCUAAGUGAUACGGGUUGUUCACCGUUAACAUUUUUUUUUAAUUUUUGGUAAUUUUUUUUUAAUUUUUGGUAAUUUUUUUUUUAUUCUGAUUUAUCAUUUAAAAAAUACAUGCAACUUAAAAAUUUUCACCCUUUUUUGAUCAACACCUAUUUUUGUAUCGCGAUUUUUAUUUUACUUUAUAUGGCAAUACAACGUUUGCUGGGUCAGCUAGUAAGUCUAGUCUAGAAAAUUUUCGUUUCAUACAGUAUUUACUCGAGUUGUUUUAGUUUUGGUCUUUUUAACACUUUCCUUAAUUGUAAGUUACUCUUUGGAACUGAGACAUCGAUAUGAUUAGAAAAAGUGUCAAAUAUUUUCGAUAAAACUUUAUUGCUUUUUGAAUAAUGCGUACCUACAUCAAUAUUUGUGAUAAUAAUUUUUUUGUGAGCAAUAAUUUAUAAAAAGUGUAAUAAAAUCUGAGAAAUUGUAAUACUUUAAAAGCUACACCAUUGCGAAUAUGACGAAAACAUGUGACAAACAAUGUUUAUUUCUAACCGAUUCUUGUUUGUGUGCAUGAACUAUGAAGUGUAGAAAAGAAGUGCCAAAAUGGCAGACAUUUUUUAACCCUGAGAGAAUAUAUCGUUUAUUUAAAUAUCAUUUAAAAAAUGUAUAAUUAAAAAUGUUUUUUUUUUUAAAUUUACAACUAAAGUGUCGUAAUUUUUUAAAUCUCGUGCAUUGGUUGUGGUUUAGUUUAGCCCAAACGAAAUAUAUCUUUAAUAAUGUUGUUAUCAACCACAAUAUAAUAUACUCCAUCUUAUCUGAAAACUGGUUUUAAAACACAGAUAGUAUAUAUGCAUUUUGCUGUCGUAUCUUGAAGAUACAAUUUACUAUCCACUUAUUUUAUAGAUAAUGAGGAACAGUAGCUGGGCUUAAAAGGCAUUUUGUAUUACUUGUUGGGUUCUAGUUAAGUUUGAAAAUCUGUAUAUCUCUAUUAUAUUAUAAUACUAGCUGACCUGGCAAACGUCUUAUAAAACUUUGCCAUAUAAAUUAUAUGUUAUGUAAACCUUCCUUGAGCUUCAACGAAUCUAUUACAAAUUUCAUUGAGAUCGGUCGAAUAGUUUAGGAGUUAUUAUGGAACAUACAAUCAUACAUUCUCUUUUAUAUAUAUAGAUAGAUUAAUAUCAUAAUACUAUUAUUGUAAGGGAAGCUUAUUGUUAAGAAUUAUAAAUCUUAUACAUUAUGGUUUAUUUGUAUUUUAAAUAGGAGCAUAAUAUAUACAUUAUUAUAAAUGAAUUAAGUGUAAACCACAGAUGCCUUAUAUGAUUAUGUAGAUUAAUGCAUAUUGCACUAGUUUAUAAUUUAUUUUGUUCACUAAUUUUUAAUUGAUGUGAAUUUUCAGCAUUUUAUAUUUAAUCAAACAUUCCACCAUUUGAUUAUCAAGUAUUAUGGUGCUAACACACUGCUGUAACAACAGACCAUUAGACACAACAAAACUACAAACAUAUUUGUGAAAUACUCCGAUGAUCGGUGUAUGGAUAUUCAUUGUUGCUAUCUCGGAUAGCUCUUUUUCAGGCCACACAAAUUUCAAAAAUCUUUUUAGUCUGUGAAAACAAUAUCAAUAUUUAUACCAAAUAUUUUCGUGGCUUAUUUUUUUGGCUUUAAUUAAAAAUUUAUAUUGAUUUUGUUCUCAUCCGACAACAUUAGAAACGAAAUUAAAAUUCUUCACAACCGUUAGCUUAUUGCCAACAUUAAAACACCUAUUGUAAUAACCUUGCUUGUGACGGCGACGUGGGGCGGGUCGUUCCCUUCCCUAAAAUAUGGUCGAGGGAGGCGAUGGCUGGUCCAUGCGUCAUGCUCGUGAACGGGUGCUACUCGUGGGGGCUGGAUGAUCUUGUUACCGGGAGGUCUGCUUGAUGUGUUUUUUUUUAUUAUUAUUAUUUCCUUUAAAGUUAAAGUUAUUAUAUAUUUUAUUUUAUGAAAUGCUCACAUAAUGCCUCUAUUUAUUUACGGUAUGUGUGGAUUGAUGCAUCUGCUAUACUCAAUAACUCUUGUGGUUAUAAGUAUUAAUUUACUUUCUUUUUCUUUUUUUGACUUACUCAUGUAAGCCUUUCAGUUUUUGACUUUUGAGUAUUUUUGUUGCGUCACUUUGCAUAUAUUGUAAUUGAAAUGAUUUGUAAAACAACUAAAAUGUAAAUCUUGACUUAGAAGAGUGGCAAGAAGUAGCGGUAAAUUCAAUAAGAAACAAUAUUUAUAUAUUUUUUUUUGACAUUCAUAAGUGUCAUUUUUGUGACCUACAUGAAUAAAGUGUUAUUGAAUUUGAAUUUGAACCAUUACAUCAUCCAAACGAGUGUUUUAAUGAAAUUCGGUACAACAUUACUGUUUUAGAAUCUUUAAUAGAGUAUUUAAAGCAUGCGUGUAGAUAAAUAUGUAUAUGGCAGGCAUAUUGGCAACCUAAGGCAGGUCGCCUUAGGUUGCCUUUUUGCCUUUAUUAAAACACUCAUGUGAUACUAUUAUCACAUAAUGAUAAACCCACAUUCGUGAUUCAAUACCUACCCCUUAUUACACAACAGUUGUAUAAAUAAUUAUUACACUGACUUUUUACACGUGCACAAACACAACCGCACACUAACACGAUCUUCUUCAGAACAAUGUUUGAAUAUUUGUGGAUUAUUGUUUUAAUUGUGUUUUAUAAUUAUUUCUUAAUUAUUGAAAUAAUUAAUUUUAUAAACAGUUAUUCUAUCUAGUAAACUUACAAUAAAGAUGUUUAUAAUUUCUA